AUGAGCGCCAUCUUUGCGGAUGCUAGCGAUUCUUCCCUCGCCCUGUUCAAAGAGGUUUUCGAAAAGGAGCGCAAGGGUCUAUCGAAGAACAAUAAGAAGAGGAAGAGAGAGCAGUUGGACCUCGAGAAUGACAAGUUCGGCGACUAUUAUGACGAAGACUCGUUGUCGUCGUCAGGCGGUUCUGAACCGCCUACCCCACAAAAGGCUGGGAGGUUAGCAGAGAUAGAAGACGACGCCGCAAGUUGGACAAACUCUUGUCUAUCAGAAUCAGUCCAACUCCGCCUACGUAUAUUUAGUCUGCUGUCUAAGGCAUGCUAUGAAUGCCCGGGUCUGCUAGUGAUCAACCUAGACGAUUUGUACAUCGACUUUGCAAGAAGGAUCAAAGAGCUCCCGCUUUCAGCAUUUUCCCUGUUCAUCUCUUCUCAGGCGACUCCGCUCGUGAGAGACGCAUACGUAUCUCUGCUUCGGGCGGUCAUACCAAGCUUCAUGCCGUCAUCCUCACCUGAUCCCUGGAAAAUCGACCCUGAGACGGACAAGAUAAAUGGCCUUUCCGUGCAGAUCAUGGAGAAGUGCUUCCUCCCCUUCGCCGCCAACGUUGUGGGAGCAGAGGCCAACGCUAAGUUGUCUCUGCUUCUGGAGGCGAUGCUACGUGGGCUAUGGGCUUAUGGAGACAUCCCAUAUAGCAGAUCCCUCGCAAAGGCGGUAGAAAAGGGCAUUCAGGCACGGAAUGAGAAGGCCAAGAAGAAGGGGGCUCGCGGGAAAGGCGAUGUUGGUGACAAGGCCGCACUAGAUAUCCUCUCGGCCUCCAGUAGGCGACUAUCCCUUCUAAUGGACGUGAUUGAAGCGGAGAGCAUGGAUGAUGACUAG